CGCUCACCCAGAAGAACUAGCAGUCCCUGCGACGGAUGGACGCGGACGGUUGGAAGCGGUAUCACCAAGAAUUUGUUUUUCCCGCUGUUGAAUCACCCUUAUUUUGGAUGUAACGAGGAUUUUAUCAGGAGGGAGGUUUCAGUCAGCUAAAGUAACGACAGAGUCCCUUUUUUUCUUUUUUUUCUUAAAGUCGAAUCGCUUCCCCUUUACCCCCGAGAGGAACAGAUCGAUUGCCCGUUGUAUGAAAAAGGGCGUGUGUUCGGGGGUGAAGGCAGUUUUAACCAAUUAAUGUCGGCAUAUAUGGUGUUUUAGACAUUUUUAGUCUUUUUUUUAACACCACCUGGGUCUGAAGGACAUAGUCGAGGAUGGGAUGCACGCUAAGUACCGAGGACAAGGCGGCGGUGGAGCGCAGCAAAAUGAUCGACAGGAAUCUGCGGGACGACGGGGAGAAGGCGGCCAGGGAGGUCAAGCUGCUGCUGCUCGGUGCUGGUGAAUCAGGAAAAAGUACGAUCGUGAAGCAGAUGAAGAUCAUCCACGAAGCGGGCUACUCAGAAGAGGAGUGUAAGCAGUACAAGGCUGUGGUCUACAGCAACACUAUUCAGUCCAUCAUCGCCAUCAUCAGAGCCAUGGGACGCCUCAAGAUCGACUUUGGUGAUGCUGCAAGAGCUGAUGAUGCCCGGCAGCUGUUUGUGCUGGCAGGGUCUGCAGAGGAAGGCUUCAUGACAGCUGAGCUGGCCGGUGUCAUCAAGCGGCUCUGGAAGGACGGAGGUGUUCAGGCCUGCUUCAGCCGCUCCCGCGAAUAUCAGCUCAACGACUCGGCAGCAUACUACUUGAAUGAUCUGGACAGGAUAUCCCAGGCCACCUACAUCCCCUCUCAGCAGGAUGUCCUGAGGACCCGAGUCAAAACCACCGGUAUCGUGGAGACGCAUUUCACAUUCAAAGACCUGCACUUCAAGAUGUUUGACGUCGGCGGGCAGCGGUCGGAGAGGAAGAAGUGGAUCCACUGCUUUGAGGGCGUGACCGCCAUCAUCUUCUGUGUGGCUCUGAGUGAUUACGACCUGGUGCUGGCUGAAGACGAAGAGAUGAACCGAAUGCAUGAGAGUAUGAAGCUGUUUGACAGCAUCUGCAACAACAAGUGGUUCACAGACACCUCCAUCAUCCUCUUCCUCAAUAAGAAGGACCUUUUUGAGGAGAAAAUCAGAAAGAGUCCUCUCACUAUCUGUUACCCGGAAUACGCUGGCUCCAAUACGUACGAGGAAGCAGCUGCUUACAUCCAGUGUCAGUUCGAGGAUCUGAACAAGAGGAAGGACACUAAGGAGAUUUACACCCACUUCACCUGCGCCACCGAUACCAAGAAUGUGCAGUUUGUCUUCGACGCCGUCACCGACGUCAUCAUCAAGAACAACCUGAAAGACUGCGGUCUUUUCUGAGGAUGGCGACCUGUUUGCUCGGCGGUGGAGCCAGCAUAUGUGCAUCUUUGGUGGGGAGGAUGAGGAGCGUCGGGAGGACCAGUGAUGGACCAGUGCUGUACUAUAAGCCACUUUUAACAGCUUUAUUUAUGUUUUUUCUCCGAACAUUUUGAACUAGCGUUACUACAUUUGUGUAAGAUGUUUGUAUCAUUAAGCGUCCAUGCAAAAUUUCACUCUUUAUUUCUAUUUUUGGGGGGAUUUUUCUUCCCCCUCUUUGUUUUCUUUUUUUUUGUUGUUGUUGUUUUUGUUUGUUUGUUUGUUUUUUAGAAAAAGGGGGAAAUCACAAUGUUUUUAGCUAUUUCUUAUGCCACCAUUUCUGGAAAAGGAAACUUUGCUGUUGAUGGAAAAUGCUCCUUUUCUUCUUUUCCUGCAAGCAAAAGGGAAGAAAAGGGGUCCAACUCUGAGUCCAGUUUGUUGGUACCUGUGCCUUCGCAUGCCUUUUUACUGCGGCCGUAGUCCCCAUGCUUGUUCUGUUGCCUGCUGAAGUGUUCUAGACAUAAAAAGAUAAACUGUUUUCAUAUGUUAGUGUCUGUUAUCUUCUAUGUGCACACCACAGAGCUUUCAGGAGAAGGAAGAUUUCCCUUUUGGUAAUGCACCUUUUGGUAAAAGGUACAUGGGUCUCCAUGGUGACCAACAUGUAGCCUCCACAGUUCCCCUAACCCCAAUCUUUUCCCCACCCACCAUGAUGAUGGGUGGCCUCGCCGGCCCAUCAAAAAGUACAAUAUUGAGAUGUAUAUUGUUACAUUCACCCCAUGAAUCUGGGGCUGAGGUUUUUAAACUGUGUAUGAAACAUAAAUCAUUUCCAGUCAUUCUGAGAGUGGUUAGUCGAGGCACUGAGCUUCAGAGACCAGAUUAGGCACAUUUUACUGUAUAUUUUAAUGUAUUUGGAGGAGCAGUUGUAGAGUUUUUGGUAUUAAGGAGAAAAAUAACUGAAUCACAGGAUGGAUUGUUUGUAAAGUCGAGGAGGAUUUAAGAUUCAGACAUGCUUUGGCCCAUGAGAGUAAAGGAGCUGGCGAAGGAUCGAUGUGAUGGAACAUAGGCUGGAAAUCUGGUCUGUAGAUCAGACGAGUUGAGGUGCGAAGGGUCCUGGAUCUGUUCAUGUAAAGAAACUGCCACAACUGUCAAUCUUUAUGUAUGUUCUCCAAGGAAGGAGAAUCUUUGUAGACUCAUCUCCCUUAUUUUGCUAAUAAAACCCAUUUACAAACCA